AUGCGGGAUUUUAUUUUGACCAAGGACCCUGAGUUGUGGUACAUUAUUUGUGACGACCCUUAUGCUUCUGCCAAAGAUUGUGAGUUUGAAGAAAAAUCAGAUCCAAAAGAAAAGAAGGAACUCAGUGAUACUGACAAAGAAGCCGUACAAAAGGAUCUCAAGGCCAAGAAAAUUCUUAUUCGCAGUCUUAGGUCAGAAGAGUAUAAUCUUAUUGCUUCUUGCAAAACUGCAAAGGAAAUCUGGGAUGCUCUCAAGAAAGUCUAUGAAGGAUCUUGUAGAGCAAAGCAACUCAGAAUUGAGACGCUUACCACAAAGUAUGAUUUCUUCAAAAUGAAGGAAAGUGAGUCUGUUCGUGAUAUGUACACUAGAUUCACUUCCAUCAUUGAAGAACUUCAUUCCCUUGGUAAAAUUAUUGAGGAGCAUCUCUUAGUUCGCAAGCUGCUGUGGGCGCUGCCAAUUUCAUGGGAAGUAAAAGCUAGCUUGUCAAAGUUAGGAAGCAGCAGCAGAAAUGUCGAAGAAGAAAAAGAGAAGUACCAGGAAGCUCUAGCUGCUUGGGAAGACUUCCCUAAUGAAUCUGAAGAUGGCAGGGAUGCAAGGGAGAUACUUAUGAUGAAUACUGAUAACGAAGCUCCAGGAUAUAAUUCUAACUUUUCCCUUAUGGCAAGAUCAGAAGAUGAGAAUGACAAGGAAGAAAAAUGUAUCUCUAGAUCUGACGACUGGCUUUGGACUCAUUAUGAUUAUUCUGGUCAUUUUGAGGACUUAGUAAAGAAAAAUCUCUGUCAGCACGAAGAAAUAGAGAGGAUGUUGAAAGCAAACCAAGACGAUCGGAACUUGGUCCUCGAAGAAAAGAGAGCUUGUUACCCGCUCGCGCGAAGAGACACCAAGUUCAUCCAUUUUAUCAUUACUUAG